GGUCUUCCCUUCCAGUCUACCUUCCCCUCAACAACCUCAUGUUUCUCCUAGAAAUUGCUCAUAAAUAAGUACUUUUCUUUUAAGUGCACGCUAGCAUGUAAAGCACUGAAAAAGAAAAGUAGGUAAUAACACUAUGCUUGGAACUGUAAACAGACUAAUACCAUGGUUGUCUGUGCCGGUUUGCCUUGCUGCUUGUUUUGACAGAAGCUCCACAGAUGAUGCCCAGGAUGGGUCUCUCUUGCAUUUGAUUUUGGGCUCCAUUUAUGGGCAAACAGAAUAUUCCUCAAUAUUGGCAGCCGCCACUGAUGCAUCUAAUUACCUCGAGCUCAUCGCCAGAUCGAUUAGUAUCAACUGACGUUAUUUUUACCCAUGGUAAACAUAUCUGUCUAUUAUUUCAUCCGACUAUAAUAUAAUAUAUAUAUAUAUAUAUAUAUGGUGGCUACUUUGGUGCACUCACUUUUUUGGGUGCAUUCAGUGCACCCACCUCUAAAAGUGGUCAUAAUACAUCAAAUUUUGAAAUUUAAUGGGUAGCAUUAGUCUCAUAUGAUGAUAUAACAUAAAAUCACAACUAAUCAACCCAUUACCCUAACCUAUUAACAUUCAAUUUUGAAUCUAAACCCAAAAUCCCAAAUUGUAAACCCUAACCCUAACCCUAAAUUCCUAAACCCUGAAUCAUUCAAAUUAAAGUGAACCUUGAUUGAUUUUUGUACAAAUUCAUGUGGUUCUUGUUCAUCAUACUACAAGGGAUGAUUGACAUCGUUUUCACAUGAAUCGUCUGCUCAGAAUGACGAUUAUGAGGCGGGUGCAUUGAAUGCACCCAAAAAAGUGAGUGCACCGAAGACAUAACCAUAUAUAUAUAUAGUUCAGGCUAGCGUACACCCGCCGUACAUUGUACGCCUGUGUUCACACCUGUUAAUAUUUUUAAUUAAUAAUAAUUAAAUUAAUAAUUG